CUUGCUAUAUUCUUUACUUUUCAGCAUGCGGUGACAUGCCCACUGCUCACUUGUAACCUGCUGUCCACGUUAGUUUGAUACUGACCGCCUCUAGCGCCUCUACAGUCCCGUCGGAGGUGUCGCUGGCUCCGCAAUCACACAGCAAUCACGCGGACGCCCGAACAUGGCUGCCGCGAAGCCUUCCGAUAGCAAUGGCCAGGCCGCCGGCGACCACGAAUUGGAGCAGAUGGCGGACAAGAAGCCGAGCCUGCCCGUCGAGGAGGACCUGAUGCAGCUCGCGCGUCUGGGCGAGAUUGGCGCGAUACAGAAGCUCUUCGACAGCGGCAAGUAUGAUGCCACGUACAAGGACGAGCAGGGCAUAACGCCGCUUCAUUGGGCGGCGAUCAACAACCACUACGCUCUCUGCCACUUUCUCAUCCAGGCCGGCGCACCCAUCAACGCAAAGGGCGGCGAUGCGGUCGCAACACCCGUGCUAUGGGCCGCGAAGCGCUGCAACUACUACGUCGUCAACCUCCUUCUCGACCACGGCGCAGACCCACUCCUGACCGACGACCAAGGCUUCAACCUCUUGCACAGCGCCACGCUCGACGGCAACGUCUUUCAGCUCGUCCUGCUCCUCCACCAAGACAUCCCCGUCGACAUUCCCGACCCGCAGAGUCACACCCCACUCAUGUGGGCCGCAUACAAAGGCUACCCGUCUUGCGUCGACCUGUUCCUCCGAUGGGGCGCAAACGUGUAUGCCACUGAUGAUCAGGGCUUCACGGCGCUGCACUGGGCGCUCGUAAAGGGCAGCCAGGGCUCCAUCCAGAAGCUGCUCGAGUACGGCGCGGAUCGCUUUGCCAAAAACAACGACGGGAAGACGCCAGAGGUGACGGCGCAGGAAAUGAAUACAACGCGCCAAUGGCACCGUGCCCUCUCCGAAGCUGGCUUCGAUAGAAACGGCAAUCCCAAGCAAUUUCCCAUUCCCGGCAUCAAGGAUGCAAGGUGGUUUCUGAACCGCUUCAUGUUCUUCUGGCCUUUUGCUAUUCUCUUCGUUGGGCUCUAUUUAGUCAGCCACUACCCUGCGUUCCUCGGGAUUCCCCUAAGUCUGAUUGUUACGUACCUGAUGCAAUGGGGAUCGCAGAAGCUGUUAAAAUGGGGCCCUUCAAAUAUGCGAAGUGUGCCUCAUACUCCGUUUUUGGCCGGUAUAUUUGCUAGCACGUUAUUUUGGGUUGGGCUUCGCUGGAUCACGACGGUUCUUCCGCUUACAAUACGAACGAGUUUCUUUCUCAAUCUUCUCUUCGCCAUCUUUUACAGUCUCACGGCAUAUUUCUACUUCUUCGCAAUGACUUGCGAUCCCGGCUUCGUUCCCAAAUCGGCGAGCAGGAGCGCUUCCAAGGCCGUUAUCGAUGAACUUAUGGAGCUACGACAAUUUGACGAGCACCAUUUUUGUGUCAAUUGCAUGGUGCGCAAGCCUUUGCGUAGUAAGCAUUGCAAGCGAUGCGAGCGCUGUGUUGCAAAGAGUGAUCAUCACUGUCCGUGGGUGAACAAUUGUGUUGGAAACAACAAUCACCGUCAUUUUGUGUUCUAUCUCCUGGCUUUGGAGACGGGAAUAGUUCUCUUUGUCAGGUUGGUGCUUGACUACUUGGAGAUUCGCGAAGCGCCCAAAGAGUUUGCAGAGUGCGCUGUCAUCUCACCGGAACUGUGCAAAGUUCUGAACAAGGAUCCUUUUACAAUUGUGCUGGCGAUAUGGGCGACGUUCCAGCUGACUUGGGUGACGAUGCUGCUUUGUGUGCAGCUGCUGCAGAUUGCGCGCAAUCUUACUACGUAUGAAAGCAUGCGUGGACAUCUCAAUAGCCACACGGCUGCCAACGCGGUCAAUUCGUUUGUCACAACUGGCGACAUAAGCCAAGAGGUGUCGAGCGGGGGUAACGCGCCAACAAACGGCUUCGGGUCUGGCCAAGACACUGGCGACGCUCCGCGCCGGCGGGAACCCAAGGCCUCUAUUCUGGAUCAGUGGAAGCGUCUCCUUGGGAUCGACACGUUUGUCACGAUUGCGUUUCACGGCAGCCAAGGCGAGCAAAUGCGCCGGCAAAGACAGGGCAACCCCUUUUCACGCGGUAUGGUUACCAACUGCAAGGAUUUCUGGUGCGACGCGAGCCCGGUGUUUGGAUCCAAAGAGAGCGGGUAUGCCAGGCUGGGUGGCGAGCGAGUGGAUUACACCAGGCUAUACGAAGUGCCAAAGAUGAAGUAUCAGCGCAAUGGCGGGGGUGAGGGUGGAAGGUAUGAGAGCGUGGCUGGGGAGGAAGAGGCAUCAUGAUGAAGGGUUGAUGAAGCUGCGGUAACGUUAAUGACUAUGCAAAGCAACGGCGACGAGUGUUUCAACGUUUCAGCAAG